AUGGCCGCAACUCGACCCUCUGACGCAUCGGAUGCUGCGGAUGCUUCCCUGCCGCACAGCAGGGAUCAGUCUUCUCACGCCCGCAUGCUCAGCCGGCAACAGGCCAGCCCAGCAACGACACGCGGCGAUCCACCACGACCCGUCUUGAGCGCAUCGGACCACGAGGUGAGUCUGUCUUUCUGGCCUCCGUUGGCUCUUGCAGGUGUUCCGACGACAGAUUGAAGGUUCGGUGACUUUGAUGCUGCAAGGCUGCAUGCGAAGGGAAGCUUCCCUUCCCCUCUCAUCGAUCGCAGUCCCGCCGCUUGCUGUGAAUGUGUUGUGCGCGUUCAUGCUGCUGCUGCUCCUCGAUCAUGAAGUUCAAGAUUGCACAUCUCACUUGCUUCACGCUAGGAAAAGAGGCUACGCAAGCCACACGAAUGGGUAAAUGCGCAACGGACCAAAGAGGCUGUGUGUCACCUGUUCUCCUCCUCUGCUGCAAACGUUGCUCUCAAGCGUGGGACUGGGGGAGCAUCAGCGACUGUGGCUCCUUGGAAUGAAGCGUCUAUAUUCGGAGAGCCAGGUACAGAUCUGGCGGCAGAAUCGCUUUUCGGCCUUUUUCGGUUGUGGCCCCCUUGCCAGCUUCAUUAG